CCGCCUACAGCACACUCAUCGAUUUGCCACAAUGCUCAGCGGCAGGCCGGACGCCCUUCGCAAUGCUGUUGAAGAACUGCCUCUCCGCAGACGAUGUCAGCCAGCACUCCGGGCGCUGUUCAAGCGGGUGACAUAGACCUCGAUAAGUGCCCCACUUCUCGCUACUGAAUUGACAAUUUGCUCAUCAUCAGCACGAGGCGUACGGUGUAUGUCGUCGAAGCCUGCAAGAAGCAGUACCUUUGUGACCCUUCUGGUUCACAAUGCCACGACCUUCUUGACAUAUGCAGGCUUUGACCUGGGGUGUGGGCAGGUAUAAUACGGCGGCGCUUUGUGUAGGAAGACCCUUCCUAUACUUCCCAACUAAAGUUGAGAAAGACAUCGAGUCUAUCGCUACCAGAAAGCCAAGCGCCAAUCCGCCAUCCAAUUCACACAUUCAGAGAUGUCCAUCCAGACUGCCCCUGCUUCCACUACCUUUGCUGCCUCCCCCGAGAACUUUGGCCUGAAGCGCAGCUCGAACGCAAGCCCGCGCUCUCAGAACAAUCAAACCAUGGACCCCGAAUCCCUCGCAGACUCUUUGGCCGCCUUCGUCCUGGACGGUGCCAAGAAUCAGCCGCAGCUCGCCUCGGGCGCCAACACGAUCCCGCUCGGCUCUCGCAGCAACAAGCCUCCCCUCAAGGAUGUCACCAAUCACCUAGCCGAUGCGGCGCCUAUGGCUGCCCUGCCCUUCUCGAUCACUGGGACCAAAUCCGGCCCAUCUGCCAUCGCGCGGAAGACCAUUGCCACACACACCAUCCCCACCAGCGCGUUCAUCACCAAUCCGAAUGCAGUAGUCGUGCGCCGCAGCGCAUUCCCACCCAUGCAGGCUAGCGCGCGCCCUCCUACCCGCACCUUCGUCAACCCUUAUCUCCCCUCAAACCAGGCUAGCGCACCCGCGCUGCAGAAGCCCUCCACCAUCGCCAGCGCCUUCAACUGCAACCCCAAUGCCUUCGCCGCCGCCUACAACGCGCGUGUUCCACACUUUAACUUCAACUUCAACCCGUCCAACCCCUCCCCUUCUACAGCCAGCGCGUUCGGGUUGCCGAGCACCUGGAGCGCUGUCACUAACAUCCAAGAAGACGAGCCCAUGGACGUCGACGACCCGUGGGCUAUGGAGAUCUGCCUUCCCGACCCCGAUGCGAUGGACACCUCGCCAAACAGCGAGAACUACUCCGUCCCCUUCUUCCCAUACCACGGUCCUCAGGAGUUUGUGGCGCCGCAGUUUGGACGCCUGUUCCACCCGUUCGUGCCCCCGCCGCUUCCUGAGCCGACCCACGCGAAUGCCUACAACGCUUUGAGGCAACUCGACUCUUCGACUGCUGCCAUGCACGCUUCGCUGGCUCGUCCGGAGCUCUACUCUACUUCUCCUCGCCAGCUUGCCUCCUCUUCUCUCGACGAGUCCCUUCUGCCGCGCUUCUCCGAGCCCAUCAUGGACGAGCUCGUCCAGCGUUACCCACACUCGCCCGACGCCAUCCUCGCCGACAAGAAGCGCAAGCGCACGACGAUCAAGACCGCCGCCCAGCGCGAGGCCGAGGCGAAGCAGGCCCGCUACUGUGCACAGCUGAAGGCCGAGCGGAAAGAACUCCAUCGUCGGUCUAUCGCUCUUGCCGCGCGGAAACCCGAGCUCCCCAGCAAGAAAUUGCGCACUCCGCAAGCCGACCGCGAGCGCGUCGAGGUGCCGCCUUGCAUGGUCCCGGAGAAGACGAGGCGGACGCUGGCUGAAAUGAAGAAGACCUCAGCAACGAAGAUGACGAAGACGACCGAAGCGUCUCGUCGUUGCAACUUGACGAAGGUGGGUAGCCGCCUGCUAGCAGCUGCAUGCUCUGCACCGCGCUCCUUGGUUGGUUUCUUGUAAGACUGUUACCGACAUGGCUUGUUUGAUAUCCCGUAUUCUUCUUUCCUCUCAUCGCUGUAUCUCUCAUCAUCUCUGUCGUGUUCUUUGUUUCUUCGCAUCUUUGAUACCCUCAUCUACCUUAGUAUGGACUCGACUUUUUUGUAAUCACCUUUUAGUAGUUGUAGUAUUCGCACCGUACCUUUUUCUUCUUCGACCUUCAGAUUUCAAUAACCAGAUUCUUCAAUGCAUCUCUGGAAUGUGAUAU